AUGCCUCCGAAGAAGAAAUGCACCCACAAGGCCAGAAAGGCAGAGCUGGAUUUCCUUGAGAGGCCGCGAGAGGGACCUAUCCAUUGCUGUGAAAUUCCGCUACCUUCGGCCCAGAAUCCAAGACGAGUUCCUACAAAACCUGUAGACCAGAACACCUCUACUGCCUGGGUGCGCCCACAAUUUGAAACAACCAAGUUGGUGGCAUUGAAAGCAUGCCAGAAGCAACAUCACGGUCCUCACAAACCCCAGAAUCAGGAUGCCAACCACAGUUCGCUUCGUGCAGGAGGAGCUUGUCGAAGAGCUACAGCCUCCAAAUUUUCUCCUUUAACUUUUGAGAAUCCAGAAGGAUAUGCAGUUCACCCCUUGGAUCAUCCGAAUUGCUCGAGGAAGAACACACAGCGCUCUCACAACCAGGCCAAAAAAGGAACAGCAGCGAAAGCCAACAUCCAGGUGAACAGUCCAGAGAACUGCAGAGAAACACCUUUGUUACCUGCUCCCCAGCCUGUGGAGCCAGACAUCUUUAGUCCGCCAGAUGUAGAGACUCCAGAGGUGCCUUCUGCAAGGAACUGGAGAUGCAGCAGCACCCCACCACAAAGACAUAGCCAUGCCUGGCAUCCAGAAAAUGAAGAGCAGGCAUUUGGUAUUGAUCCCGAUGGGAAAGGGGAGUCAGCAGCAGUACUGGUUGCAGAUACUCCCGAGCAUGAGUAUGGAGUAAAGGUUACUUGGAGGAAGCGGCCUCACCUGAUGAAAUACCUGCGGGAGAGAGGGAAGCUGAGCGCCACCGACAUACUGGUGAAGGCGAACCCCAAGCUCUCGAGCAGACAGGCCAACGUCUGA